AUGGAGCAGUUGGACAAUCAUGUAAAACUUAACCUAGUCAACCACUCUUUAGGCGUGGUCAUAAAAAAGCUCAAUUCAAAGGAUGAAGGGUUUGCUAAUAUAAUAAUCAGAACAUAUUCCGGUUUCUACGAGCUUGUCAAAACAAGUAAUGGUGUAGUUAAUAGUGCCGUCGGACCUGGUAUGAUGAUAUUGUGUAUAUCUCCUCUUUUUUCAAAGAUCAUAUCAACGAGCACAGAAAAGGCUCAUGCCAAAGGUAGUCUUACAUCACCCUGGUCAACAUAUGUUGUUUGUCGUUUCAAAGAUAUCAUUUGUAACGUAGGCCUUGUCCGAUACACCGUGACUGAAAAUUAUUACAAAGUCAUAUCGCAUCACAUUUUCAAGGAAUUGCUACACUCGAAGAUGGGGAAAGCAACAUGUAUAUUCUCCCUCCGAGGUUUUAGCAAACUACUGGCUAUCGUACAUAUCAUACCGUAUUUACCUGGACCACCUGUUCGUAAACCCAAUAUCGAUUAUGAACAAACAGUUCUUUUUGACAUAUUGUGUAUCCUAGAUGAAGUCUGUGUCAAAAACUUGCAUCUGCUCCUACCUCAAUUAGUUUAUUGUAGACCGACGGUUAUUGUUAAUCUCUCGGCCCGGAAACGCAAACUUAGGUCUAUCAUCAGUGUGAAUACCUUUUUAAUUAAGCAGGAAAAAAUCGGCAAAAAACCGAUAGCGAGAACCUUACAUGAAGAAAAGGUUGUCAUAGAAGCUUUGGAUGUAAUAAUCAGCUGA